CAAGGGCAGGCACGUCGUCUCACUCUGGCGAUCUGCACCACCACCGCCCACCGCCCACCGCGUAUCCUUGCGCGAGAGACUGCGCAUCUGCUGUGUUGAGCGCGCGUCAUUGUUGGCUCACCGCGUCGUGUCCCGUGUGGCAUAGUCAUUAAAAACAACAGUGACUCCUCGCCCACCCCCAGCCCCCAAGCAGCCUGCACCAGCACCACCACACCCACCACCAUGCAAGCAUCAAGAGCAGGCAUGGUCGAGGGCGCGAUUGAUGGAUACCACCACCACCACCACGACCCGAACCCAUCGCCCGCCGAAACGAUCGCCGUGACGACCGAGGUGCACAAGGCCGUUUCGCCAAAUGAGUCGGACAAGGCUGUCACACCAAACGAGGCGGACAAGCAGGUCGCCGCUCCGUCGCCCGUCGAGGAGACGCCCGGCAAACUGCCGUGGGGCUACAAGUGGCGCUCAGCAUCGUGGUACAUCACCGCGGUGGUCACACUCGGCACCUUCUCCGAUAUCCUCUCAUUCUCCAUCAUCGUCCCCGUCAUCCCGUACCACCUCCAGGACCUGGGGCACAAGAACGUGUCGGGCCUGACGUCGUGGCUCCUCUUCGCCUACUCGGCCGGCAUCUUCAUCUCGACCUUCCCCGUGGCGUACUUCUUCCACCGGUACCCUAUCCGGCGGCUACCGCUCGUCAUUGCCGUGCUGAUCAUGGAGGCCUCGUUCGUGCUCUUCAUGGUCGCCAAGCCCUACUGGACAAUGGUCGUCUCGCGAGUCCUCCAGGGCGCGUGCUCGUCCGUCGUCUGGACAGUCGGGUUCGCGCUCAUCUGCGAGAACAUUGACCCCAAGAACCUCGGCACCAACCUGGGCAUCGCCUUCUCUGGUGUCGCCAUCGGCGUAACCGUCGCUCCGCCGAUCGGAGGCGCGCUGUACCAGAACCUGGGGUGGCAUGCGCCCUUCAUCUUCUGCAUCAUCCUCCUCGGCGUCGACCUCAUCGCGCGUCUGCUCGUCGUCGAGCCCAAGAAGAAGAAGUUCGGCGCGCUGGCAGAGCGCGACGCCCGCUGGGAGGCCCAGAAGAAGAACGUACGCGAGUCACUUCACAGGACUGUGUCGCAUGUCCCGAGCGUGAGGGCGAAUGCAUCCUCGCCGGCCACGUCGCCGGCCAUCCCGCUCCCGUCCACCACCACGACCUCAACAGCGGUCACGCCCGCUGUCGGAGCCGAGAGCGAUGCUGCCAGCACGGCGCACACAAAGCCCAAGGAGCUCUCGCCCAUCCAAGUGCUCGUCGCCCUCGCCAAGAUGCCGCGUGGGCUGGCGGCCUUCACGAUGGUGUUUACUUUCGGCCUCAUCAUCGGCGUGCUCGACCCUACGCUUACCCUGCGUGUUCAGUCCGUGUGGCACAAGAACUCCAACUUUGUCGGCCUCAUCUAUUUGGCUGCCGCUGCUCCGGCUUUGCUCGUUGGCGGACUCGCUGGAUGGAUGGCAGACAAGUGGGGCUCGGAAUGGGUGCUCAUCCCGUCGCUCUUCAUGAUCAUCCCAUGGCUCCCGCUCAUGACCCUCAAGAACAGCUUGGCGGGCUUCAUGGUCUACUUUGCCAUGAUGAACCUCUUCGGGACGGUCAUGAACACCAUCUCCGGCCUGGAAAUGGCGAUUGUCGCCAAGCAAAAGGAGGGCAUCAGCGAGAUCCACGAGUUCGCGGCCAUGAACAUUGCCUUCUCCGUGUCGUCGGCGGUCGGCGCAAUCAUCGGCGGCCAGAUCUACGACCACGUCCACAAUGGCUGGACCGUCAUCUGCUGGUUCUGUUUUGCCAUCUUCAUCGUCACGCUCAUCCCGCCCGUCUUCUUCUCGGGCUCGUGGACUGUCGUCGACCGCAUCCGGGGUGUGAACAAGCCUCCCCCGGGGCACCGGCACAACGGCGGCGGCCACCUGCCCGACGAGGAGAGCGCGUUGCCUGCCGAGGCCGAGGCCGAGGCCCACGUCCCCGCGCUCGCGAUCGUGCACGAGGAGGGCAGCGCCGCGUCGACGCCGAAAGCGCUGACAGAAAAGGGCGUGGCGACACCAAAGUAGUCUUGUAAUCAUAGAUCAUCUUCCGGACAUCUAGACGCACAGCUCAUUUGCAGAUAGACAUACAUAGGCAACACACCACUGCUCAUACGCACCUCCACCACCACUCGAUGCACACCACUUGAUGCAC